AUGUACCGAUUCAGGCGAUCCACCAUGAUGCAUCCCAUGAUGCACACUGGCAUGGGCAUGGCUCCAUUCUUUAAGGUGACCGUGUUUGAGCAGGAGCACUUCCAGGGCAAGUGUCAGGAGUUCACUUCAGAGUGCUGCAACAUCCAGCAGUGUGGCUUCGACAACAUUCGCUCCAUUCGCGUGGAGAGUGGCGCCUGGGUUGGUUAUGAGCAUCAUGAUUUCCAGGGACAGCAGUUUGUCCUGGAGAGAGGCGAGUACCCUCACUGGGACUCCUACUGCGGAAACCUGGCCUACCACGUUGAGAGAUUUAUGUCCUUCAGGCCCAUCUACUGUGCUGCUCACCAGAGCAGCCGCAUGAUGAUCUACGAGAGGGAAAACUUCAUGGGUCGUUGUACGGAGCUGUGUGAUGACUACCCCUCUCUGCAGGCUAUGGGCUGGUGCGGCAUGGAAGUGGGCUCCAUGCAUGUGCAGUGUGGCGCUUUUGUGUGUUAUGAGUUCCCAGGCUACAGGGGCAGGCAGUACAUCAUGGAGUGUGAGAGGCACAGUGGAGACUACCAGCACUGGAAGAAUUGGGGCUCCCACAGUCAGACUCCUCAGAUCCAGUCCAUCCGGAGGAUCCAGCAUUAACAGGGCAUCGUCUAACCCCCCCCCAUCACACACCACUGACCACCUAGCCGCCCAGUACACACACUCCUUGUUAACAACAGUAAUAUCACACACCAUACAGUCAUCCUGUCCUACACAGUUUUUUGUCGGGUGCUAAACAACGCCUCCUGUGGCGCUCGACCUCUGCUGGACACAUACUAGCAGUUAGCAAGGCUACGUCCCUGUGAGGUGAUUGGUCAAGAGCAG